AUCACCAACCAUCACACCAAACACACGACCCUCUCCCAACUUCAUCCACUCUCUCCGUCGUCAUCAUCCAAUACUGCAAAUAUGGGUGACCCGCAGUACAUGAAAUUCCCCGAUCUCAGACUAGCUCAGUCUGUCUUCACCCUCGCCUCGCCGUCGGCCACAUCCACAGCGAAACAAUCAUCUCUCACAACCCUUCAAGAUGCCAUCCGAGAGCACAAGAUGGCCCCUCUGUAUCACUACCUCGCACAUCCCCAGACUGGCAAGCUGAACGCUACUGGAGAAUCUGGCUCGUCGCACAAGGCCUCAUCAUCGUCCGCACCGUCGCUCCGAAGAACCUCCAGCAUCAACACGACCAGCAUCAUCGGCGUCCUCGGCGGUUUUAAGCAAACUGGCGGAGCUGACUUGCCAUGGGACGAGAAGCUGUAUGAGUCAAUGAAGCGUGAGAACGAGGAAGAGUUGGCUGCUAUCCAAAAGGAGGAGGACGAGGCUGCCGAGCGCGAGGGCGACACAGAGGUCAACACUGCUCGUGGCAAGCGCGCUGAGCUGUACGCUCGUAUUGGCGACAAGGAGAAGGCGCUCGAAGCUUUCGAGAAGCUGUUAGAGAAGACGGGUAUCCUGGCGUCCAAGAUCGACAUUGUUCUGGCCAUUAUUCGUAUCGCUAUGUUCUUCGACGACAAGGCUCUGGUCAAGAAGAGCGUUGAUCGUUGCUCGGCUCUGGUCGAGUCUGGCGGUGAUUGGGACCGUCGCAACCGUCUGAAGGCCUACCAAGGACUCCACUUCAUCACCAUCCGCUCCCACGCUGCCGCUGCUCCUCUCCUCCUCGAUUCCCUCAGCACCUUCACCGCUACUGAGCUCUGCUCGUAUAGCAAUCUGGUAGUCUACGCCGUCCUCGCUGGCAGUGUUGCUCUACCUCGUCGUGAUUACAAGUCGCGUGUUGUCGAUGCUCCCGAGAUUCGCGCCAUUGUUGGAUCCGAAGACAGCAACGAGAGACUUGCCGGUCUCUCUGGCGCCGUGUCUGCACAACCCUCGGCUGGCACCGACCCCAGUGCCAUGGACGUCGACACGACAUCAUCAGCCACACCAAAGCCCGCUGUCGUAAACCUCACCACCCUGAACUCUGGCUCCGCCGAGCAAGAAAAGGCCGAACCUGAAAUCGACUUCUCUUCUCUCGCCCUCAUGAUUCGCUCCCUCUACUCUGGCCACUAUCAAAACUUUUUCCAGUCACUCAGCACAGUCGAGACACAGUUCCUCGCACAAGACCGCUACUUGUACGAACACCGUCGCUGGUUCGUCAAGGAGAUGCGUCUUCGUGCCUACGCUCAGCUUCUACAAAGUUACAAGGUUGUGGGUCUAGAGAGUAUGGCUCAGAGCUUUGGUGUUAGUGUUGAUUGGCUGGACCGUGACUUGGCUCCUUUCAUUGCCAGUCAGCGUCUACCCUGCACCAUUGAUCGUGUCAAGGGCGUUAUUGAGACACAACGUGCUGGCGACAAGAACAAGCAAUACACCGACGUGGUCAAGCAGGGCGACCAGCUCAUCACAAAGUUGCAAAAGUACGGUCAAGUUGUCAGACUGCGUGGAAGCGAGAGAACUUGAUUGUUGGGUCGGUCGAGGGGACGGAAUCAUAAUGCAUUGAUGGAACACCAUAAGGAAAGAGGGGUAUGACAUGUACCAUAUAGACAGGACUGAUGAUGGAAAGUCCUCUGUUAUAAGGAGGCAAAUGAAUUAGUGCUUCUAAUUCGCGACACCUCAAUCAAGUGCUGAUGCUUUGGUCCAA